AUGGCUAAGAGUGAAAGCUCGAGUUCAGGUGCAAGGUCAUACUAUAAGAAGAAGUUCGAUGGUCCCUUAUGCUUCUGCAAGAAGAGAUCGAGUAUGGCGAAAGCAUGGACAGAUGACAAUCCUGGUCGAAGGUUUUGGUUGUGUGAUUCUCAUGGGUUCGUGGAGUGGAUUGAUAAGGAGGAGCAAAAUGAUUGGCAGAAACAGAGUUUGUUGGAGGCCAGGGGAGUGAUGGAUCGUCAGAGAGAAGAAAUCAAAAGUCUUCAGCAGUGUGUUAAGACAACUUCUCAACAAGCUACAACUGGAGAUUCGACUGCAUUAUUGUUGGAGGAAGGGGACAGACUCGCAGAGGAGAAGAAAAAACUUGAAAUUGCACUUAUAACAGCAGUUGAAAAGGAGAAAUUGGUAAGGCAAUUCCUUGGUCUUUCGUGGGGAGGCUUCAUUGUUGUCACAACCAUCAUUGUCUUUGGCAUGCUGAAGAAGUAG